GUCAUCAAGUCUGUUGACAAGUCCGAAAAGGCUGGUAAGGUUACCAAGGCUGCUCAAAAGGCUGCUAAGAAAUAA